GAGCAGCGGGGAGGCGCGCGCUCCGGAGCCUCGGCCAGGGCCGGGUCCGGGUCUGCGGAGCUGCUGCACGCGAGCGAGCGCGGCACCCGGGGGAUCGCCCCGCUGCACCCCCGAGCCGGGGCGGGGCUCAGGUCGCUCGGGGGCGGCGUCGGUGUCCGCCCCCCACAUCCGGGGGCCGGGCCGGGCUCUGGGGCUCGCGCCGCGCGGGUGAGUCAGGCCGGGUUUUCCCUCCGCCUCUGGGGCCAGGAGAAGAGUGUCGCCCAGCGCGUCCUCUGCCCGCCGAUCCGGCUCCCGCGCCUGCCCGAAGAGCCUGCGAGGGGAAAGGUUCGAGACCGAGCUGGGGACUGCAGCGCGCCCUGAGAUCCUCGGCGCCAGCAUGAGUCAGCUGCCUGUGCCCUGUUGAACCUUCAUGGCCACAGCCUCCGGCCCUGCUGGCAUUGCCAUGGGCAGCGUGGGCAGCCUGUUGGAACGGCAGGACUUUUCCCCCGAAGAACUUCGGGCUGCACUGGCUGGGUCCCGGGGCCCCCGGCAGGCCGAUGGGCUCCUCCGGAAAGGCUUAGGCCAGCGUGAGCUUUUCAGCUACCUGCAUCUCCCCAAGAAGGAUGGCAAGAGCAAUAAGCGAGCGCCUCGGAAUGAGCCGGACUAUGCCACCCUCUACUACCGAGAGCAUCCUCGGGCUGGUGACUUCAGCAAGACUUCCCUGCCUGAGCGGGGUCGCUUUGACAAGUGCCGAAUUCGUCCGUCGGUGUUCAAGCCUCCUGUGGGCACCGGGAAAGGCUUCCUGUCCAUGCAGAGCCUGGCAGCCCACAAGGGCCAGAAGUUGUGGCGAAGCAAUGGCAGUCUGCACACACUGGCCUGCCACCCACCCCUGAGCCCUGGGCCUCGGGCCAGUCAGGCCCGUGCUCAGUUGCUUCACGCCCUCAGCCUCGAUGAAGGUGGCCCUGAGCCCAGCCUUUCGGACUCUUCCAGCGGGGGUAGUUUUGGCCGGAGUCCAGGCACUGGCCCCAGCCCCUUCAGCUCCUCCUUGGGCCACAUUAAUCACCUUGGGGGUUCACUGGACCGCGCUUCAAGGAGCCCCAAGGAGUCUGGACCUCUGGCUGUGCUGAGCUGCCUACCUGAGCCACCUCCCCCCUACGAGUUCUCCUGCCCCGCUGGUGAGGAGGUAGCCAUAUUGCCUGAGACCUGCGAGGACCUCAAGAGGGACCUUGGUGACCAGGAUGUCUCUAACCCCUUUACCCAGGUGCUAGAGGAGCGCCAGCGGCUGUGGUUGUCCGAGCUGAAGCGCCUGUAUGUGGAGCGGCUGCAUGAGGUGGCCCAGAAAGCUGAACGCAGCGAGCGUAACCUCCAGCUGCAGCUGUUCAUGGCCCAACAGGAGCAGCGGCGCCUGCGCAAGGAGCUGCGGGCUCAGCAGGGCCUGGCCCCGGAGCCUCGGACCUCUGGUCCCCAAGUGGAGGCUGACCCCAAUGCCCGGGCCGAGGAGGAAGCCCGAUGGGAGGUGUGCCAGAAGACUGCGGAGAUUAGUCUGUUGAAACAGCAGCUUCGGGAAGUCCAGGCGGAGCUGGCCCAGAAGCUGGCUGAGAUCUUCAAUCUGAAGACGCAACUUCGGGGCAGCAGGGCACAAGCCCAGGCUCAGGACGCUGAGCUGGCUCGGCUGCGGGACACAGUGCGCAGCCUGCAAGAGCAGGCGCCCCGGGAGCAAGCUCCAGGCAGCUGUGAGACGGACGACUGCAAGAGCAGGGGACUGCGGGGGGAGGCAGGAGGCGGUGAAGCCCGAGAAGGGGCCGAGCAGCUGCGGGCCGAGCUGCUGCAAGAGCGGCUUCGUGGCCAGGAGCAGGCGCUGCGCUUCGAGCAGGAGCGGCAGACUUGGCAGGAGGAGAAGGAGAGGGUGCUGCGCUAUCAGCGAGAAAUCCAAGGGGGCUACAUGGACAUGUACCGCCGGAACCAGGCACUCGAGCAGGAGCUGCGGGUGCUGCGGGAGCCGCCCACAUCCUGGAGUCCCCGACUGGAGUCCUCCAAAAUCUGACCGCUAGCCAAGUGUGCUGACAGCAGGCACGCUGUCAGAAGAUACCUUGAGAUGGCAGGCUCCUCCCUUGCACUGGUCUGAGGCAGAAUCUGUAGAGGCCAGUUCAGAGAUGGGAGGCCCACCCAGAGGAGGGCUCCAGCAGGCAAUGGGGCUGGAUAAGGUGCCUGCUCCAGAAGCUAUGGCAAAGUCUUGCUGGCAGAGAAACAGACCCAGGCAGGGCCCAGCCCUGCUCCCUUCAGUGGGUGUGACCCAGUAAAAUAGGUUGAAGCCAUCGAAGCCUCAGCUCCAGGAUGCAGAAGGGCAGGAGCGAGGGCGGGUAGUUGGAGACCUGGCAUGAGGUCUACCUCCAUGGAAGGAGCCAGGGGUGGGAAGACUGGCCUCCUCCAGAAUAAAAGCACAUUUUCUAUAUAAGGAG